UACAAACAAAUCUGUUCGCGACUAGCCGACUGUGCAAAUUAAUUAGAAAUUAGAAGAUUUCUUUUGAUUUAAGUGUCUUUAUGUUUGUUGAAGGGCUAGUUGUGUGUUAAUCAGAUAAUUUUAUCCAACCGUUACCAGUUACUACUCCAAACAAUGAACGAAUUCAUCCGAGGAACGUGCGACGAGAUGUGCCCAAAAGCGGAGAUUGAUUUACGGAUCCGCGAACGGAUGGUACACUUCUUCGAAACCGAUCCCGACGCCGGUGCCGCGGGUGUGCCGGAUCGCAGUCGGAUGGUGAAAGAGUUUACCCGGUCGGCUGCCGACCGACGACAACCAAAGCCGUGGGAAAUACGCACUCCAAGAAUGCUGCUGGGAACGGUCCACUAUCUCCUAACAAUUGUGCUUCCCGACCCACGGCGCCCGUUCCAUCAACGCUAUGAAUUCAUUUUCGAUCGUAUGCGAGCAAUCCGGCAGGAGAUGGUCAUACAGAACCUGUCCGUCGGUGAAGUGCUCCCCAUCCUUGAGCCGAUUGUACGCUUCCUCUGCUACAGCGCCUACCGGCUUUGUGAAGCACCGAUCGCGGAGUUCGAUCCGAAAAUCUGUGCCCAACACCUGCAGGAGUGUUUAAAGAAAGUGAUCCGCUGCUACGAAGAACUCGACGGAGACGAUUUAAAUCGGUUCGAAAUGGAACGACUGUACCUUUCGUUCAAUAUCGGCAGCCCGGAAGCGACACAAUCGGCACUGGCACGAUACGGUGCCUCGGAACCGGAGCUGCGGCUUCACGUUACCACGCAGCUAGAGUGCCACCGGGGGAACUAUUGCGCGGCGAUACGAAACCUGCUCCGCUUUAGUCCGCUAGAGGCGGCCGUCGCCUCCCUGCAGCUGCCCCAGUUCCGGCGCCGGAUGCUGCAGCAGUUCUCGAUUGCGUACCAGAGCCGCGUGCAAACGGUACCGCUCGAAUGGCUGGAAAGCGUACUCGGUUACGAGGGUCGCGAGCGCACGUGCCUGGCGGACGAUUGUCGUCACUAUAACCUUCAGCUGGUGGCACGUACGGACGGGACGGACGCCGGGGACGGCAACCGUAGCUGGGCGGUGAAAUUCGAGAAGGCUCAGUUCGAUGGUCAGCGAUGCGCGCUUCAACCACGCAAAGUGCCCCGAAUCGAGGAUGCGUUAGAUCGUUGCCGAAACAUUUCAAGGAUGUUACUGGGCGGGUUCUAUGGAUGAUCAGUGCAGUGGAGGGGCAG